AUGAGUGAGAUGUCGACGUCCCCAACGUCCCCAACCUCGAACGAAAAACCUGAUACCGCAGUAAAGAACCCGCAUGAUGUUCACCGUCAAAGGUCAAAUAUGGACGCAAGGACAAGAGCCAUCGCUAAUGCCAAUGCCAAAUUGUCAAACCCCUUGAGCGGCAUACCUUAUGAUCGUUUAAUGGCGGAUGUCGAAAUUUUUGCCGAAGAGAGAGGACUGACCCAUCUGCUGCCUGAGCUUGAGAAAGGGGCCCUUGUUGCCCAGGAUUCCACUUGUUAUGAUCGUUUAGACAUAUUUUCAGCUGAAGACAAGCGAAUUUUAAAGGAAGAGGUUACGCACAGGUGGCGCCAAACGCCCAUGCUGUACUACAUGGUCGUAAUGUCAUCACUUGCAGCGGCUGUUCAGGGAAUGGACGAGGCUGUUAUCAAUGGUGCUCAAAUCCUUUAUCCCACACAGUUCGGCAUCGGUAGUUCCAACAACCGCGAUUCAUGGUUGGUCGGUCUCAUCAACUCUGCACCGUACUUAUGCUGUGCCACAAUUUCUUGUUGGAUGACGCAACCGCUCAACCACUAUCUUGGGCGUAAAAAGACCAUUUUUGUCACUUGCAUGAUCUCGUUCUUGACAUGUAUCUGGUCUGCAUUGACAAACAGCUGGUGGCACCUUUUCAUCGCACGAUUCUUCCUUGGCUUUGGUAUUGGUCCCAAAUCUACCACUGUCCCAGUGUAUACCGCCGAGUGUUCACCUGCACCAAUACGUGGCGCUCUCGUCAUGAUGUGGCAGAUGUGGACCGCUUUCGGUAUUGCUCUAGGAGAUCUUAUCGACUUGGUAUUCUACUUCAUUCCAGACGCCCCGGGUGUGACUGGUCUGAACUGGCGUCUCAUGCUAGGUUCUGCUGGCGUCCCCGGUCUUGUUGUCUGCUUGCAAAUCUUAUUUGCACCCGAGUCGCCUCGUUGGUUAAUCUCCAAGGGUCGCUACGAGGAUGCUUUCAAUGAGCUUUGUCGACUUCGUUUCUCGCACGUCCAGGCUGCUCGUGAUUUGUACUACAUUCACGUGUUGCUCGAGGCGGAGAACGAUAUGGAGGGUCGCAACCGUAUGGUUGAGAUGUUCGCGAUUCCACGUAACAGGCAUGCUGCCCUUGCUAGUUGGGUCGUCAUGUUCGGUCAGCAGUUUUGCGGUAUCAAUGUCAUCGCUUACUACUCGUCCAACAUCUUCCUGGCUUGUGGUUUCACGCAAAUUCCGGCAUUGACUUCUUCCUUUGCAUUUGGAACACUUAAUUGGUUAUUCGCCCUCCCUGCUAUCUUCACUAUCGACACUUUUGGGCGAAGGAACUUACUUUUGUUCACAUUUCCUUGCAUGGCCAUCUGUCUUUUAAUCACAGGGUUCUCCUUCUGGAGUACUUCGGAAACAGGGCGUGCAGCUGGCGUCAGUAUCGGAAUAUACCUCUUUGCGAUCUUCUAUUCUCCAGGCGAAGGUCCAGUGCCGUUCACGUACUCCGCAGAGGCAUUUCCUCUCUAUAUCCGUGAUGUUGGCAUGUCCUUUGCCACCGCAACCACUUGGUUCUGGAACUUCGUUCUGUCAAUCACUUGGCCUUGGCUUAUCUUGGCCUUCGGGCCACAAGGUGCCUUCGGCUGGUAUGCAACAUGGUGCUGUAUCCUCUGGGUACUCGUCUUGUUAUUGGUGCGCGAGACGAAAGACAAGACCCUGGAGGAGCUCGAUCAAGUUUUUUCUGUCCCCCUUGGCACGCACGCUGCAUACGGCCUGCGGCAGAUACCCUACGGCUUCAAGAAGUUUGUGUUGUUCCAGAACCCUGUCCCUGAGCAGCUUUAUCGGGUUAAGAGCGAGGCCGAGGUGUUGAAUGCUGGGGACGACGAGAAGGCAAGGAGGCAGGAGAGGGAGGAUAUGGAGAAGGCAAAUGCAUGA